AUAUUUUAAUUCCAGGACAAUCCUAACGAACUGGUGUCCCCCUCUCCCCCAGUCAGUUCCUCUGGAGAGCUGAAGGGGGGUUUUGGACGGAUGAAUCAUGCUGGUGUUGAGCGGAUGCUCUUGAGUGAGGAAGCUGGCGCUGUGGAGCACCUAAUGCGUUUCGCUCUGGCACUGGGUGAGGUUGGGAUGUGAUGCAUUUCCGCUGCCGUGGAACUAAUCAAAGCUGCGGACCGACCUGAGCGAUAAACAGCAACACACCUUUCCUGAUACGAUACAAUACAACCUGCUGCCUGCUUAAACUUCGGGAAAAAAAACAGGAAAAUACAUCAGUUGACGGAUCAGUGAAAGCUCAUUCUAUACUACCCUCAGAGCUGAAAGCAGUGGCUUGAAUUACCUGGAAGACAGGUCAUAUCUUUGGGCAAUAAUUUGAUCGUCAUAGUGUGCAGCUGCCUGUAGGGUAACUGUUCAUUUUGGACAAAUCAACCACAUCUUUUGUCCUUGAUACACUGUCAGUCUUUCAAAAGAAGAAUUUUCAUCUAGGAAUGUGAGUCACAUGUGACAUGGAGCUUGAACAAAACUGAAGACUGAAAGAAUUGCGGAACUUCAUUUAUGCAUUGGAAUUUCUUUUGAAAUAUCAAAGCAAGCAAAAAGUGGACUGUUAGUUUUCACCCAAUGGAAUAAUGAAUGUUUGCAGUUGAGCAGUUGAACGCACAUGAAAUUUCUUCAAACUCUCUGUUUUGCAAUGGGACACUGGACCAUCAAAUCAGAAACCAAGCCAUUUGUGCUACAGAAGUCAAACCAGAUAAGAAUUGUAACAUUAUGGAUGAGGUGUAUGACACAAAUGAAAACCUUGGCCAGCUUCACUCUGAUGGGGCCACAUUCAGCCUCAACCUAAAAGGUGAACCAGUUUUACAAGUGGAGAAAGAGAUGAGUAAUUGUUUUCCCAUGAAAAGAUCUCCAAAUUUAGAAUUGAGCAGAAGACCAAUCACUGUAGAGAAUGUCCGAGUUCCACCAGAAGGAGCUGAAAUGGGCCAUACCAGCAGGUCAGGCACAGUUAAGGAUUUUGAAGACUUUGCUAUUUCUCCUUCAGAUGACAAUGGCUAUUCCAGCAGCUGCCUGAGUAUUGAAAGUCCAGACAGUGUCGAAGGAAGCAUCUGGGAGGCCAGUGGAACAGUAAGCAGUGAUAACCUUGAUCUAUGGCAGCGAGCUGCACCAACCGAGAAUGAAAAUGUGUCAGGAAUUUCAGCUGCUGAUUCCCUACUGCCCUCAAUACUUGAGGCAGUCCAGAGUCUUCAAGAGCAGCAAAGGUUCAAAGAGCAAGAGAAAGAAAAGCAUCAGACCCAGGUGAUCAUGUACCGACGGCUGGCCCUGCUGCGUUGGAUCCGCAAUCUUCAGCAGAAAGUAAUGGACCAUCAAAACCGGCUGCAGGAGAGUUACGACACCAUCUUGAACAACCGCAAGGAACUGCUCAAAUUCAUUAAGCAAGGCGUCAUCUCGCCAUAACAUCAGAGAAUUUGAUGUGUCAAACUCAACAUUUUGGGUGGGACAAAAAAUUGGAAAGCAGCAACUUAUGUCUAUAAAUGCAUCAGAAAAUGCCAUUUCCAUUUUUCAUUGUAGGUACACCAAUUGCUGAUCAGAUUUAAUAGUAAGCCAAACUUUGUUGAUGUGCUUCAAAGCACAAUAUUAAUAUAUCUUCAAAAUGUGGAUAUUUAAGAUUAGAAGCACUUUUUAAAUUUUGUUUUUGACAGUGAGCAAUGGAUAGAUUCCUUCUCUACUUGCAGUUUUUUUUUAACUGCCAGCAAACUCCUAUCCCUACUGCACCCACUAAUUCUGAGGAUGAUUGCAUCUGAGAAGGCAAAAUGAAAUCAUUUUAAUGUGAAGAUAAAGGAUUAAUUUUGUUACCCAUCACACGCAAUAAAAUAAUAGGUGUUAUGGUCAUCACUUGGUCUAUAUCGAGAUUAGUCAUUUCCUUACACUAAGAAAGUCAUUUUGUUUCUUUCUUGUGCGAUCAACUCUGGUCAGGAAAGUUCUGUUACUUUACCAUGUGACAACAUUGUUCAAUUAUAGUAUAUUCUUUUAGAUUUUUCCAUUUCAAGUAUUAACCCAAAGUGACAGGUAUUCAUUUCUGCUAAGUUUGACAUAGAAUACAUUUAACAAGCUGAAGUGGCUAAUUUAAUAAAUUAGAAAUGUGAGUAAGAAAUGUUCUUUGCUCAAUGAGAAUAGUAGGGGGAUCAUACAAGGAAGUAUGGGUGUUGACUGAUGUCUGAUAUCGGCAUGCGAGACCCUGCUAUGAAUCCUGGCUCUAAACAUUUCUCGUUGGCUUUAUUAACCAGAUUAUUAGAUUUAGAUACAACUUAUAUUUAUAAAACCAUAUCUGUGCUCAAUAUCUUUUGUGUCUAAAAUAUAGAGAUACUUUUUAUUAGUUAAACUUUUUUUUAAAAUAUAGAUUGUCAUUAAAUGGAAUUAAAGAAAAAUGUGCUGAUGUAUAAAGUAUUUCUUUGUCCAUAUUAUCUAUUUAGGCUGAAAUAAAUCAAACUUUUUUUUUGAUGCAGAACUUCUAAUAGCCUUCAUUUAAGAUUUAUACAUUUAUGCAAAUAAAUAGCACUCUGUUCAAAUGACUGCACCUCAGCAUUCAAGAAAACAUACAUUCAGAUUCUCGACUUUUGACAAAAACAAUAGCACUGUAUUUCAAAAUUAACAUAUGGAAGUACUGCAUCUCAAGUGUUUCAUGAGAUCCAUUAUUAAGAGUGAAAUUGUAAAUUGACUGUGCUGUACAACACAAACAGUAUUGGCUGACUCAUUACACAGGGCAGCUAAAGUGAACAAUACAUCAUCUAAAAGCAAAACACUGCAGAUACUAGAAAUCUGAAUUAAAAACGGAAAGUGCCGGAGAAAGUCAGUAGGUCUGGCAGUUUCUGGGGAGAAAGAAAGAGUUCUCAGGAAGAGUCAGUUCAGACUUAAAACACUAACUCUGUUUUUGUCUCCAAAGAUGCUGCCAGACCUGCUGAGUUUCUCCAGUUCAUUUUUUUUUAACUUAUGAGAUUGUCAUGUACGUUUUUAUAGGAGAGCUCAGUGUACUGAAAAUGGCCUGCACAAGCUGUACUACUGGUUGAAUAUUAAUUGCUGAAAUUGUGACAGCCUUCUUUCACACAGGGGGAAAUGGGCUGCCCUGGCCCUUUGCAAACUUGGAACUUUUCUUUUGGCUUGCUUAAAGUAUUUGUACAAAUCAUGUAGACAUGGCUACUCUGUAAAAUAGCGAGUACCAUGCUUAUUAUAAACAACCUGAGAGGAAAAACAAUUCUGUAUUACAAAUUUGUUUCAAUAUAAAGCUUUGUUAACAAAUAUUUGCAGAAAUUUAAUUGUAAAUGUUUUCCUGACACUUAUCACUGAGAUCAUGUGUUUAAUUAAAAUUCCUGAUGUGCAAUUUGUAAUAUGAUAAAAAAUGCAGCAUGGUCCACUUUUAUGUACUGCAACAACAUAUAUCUGUUUGUAUAUAUGUACACAUACAUAUAAAGUCAAAAAAUCAAUGUUGAGCACCAACCAAAAUGGCAUUUCGCUCGAAAUUUGUCAGUAUUUAAAAUAAAUCAGUUAUUUAUUAAAA